UGUUGCAAUUUUCAAAUCCGGACUUUGCGGAGCCGAGGAAACGCCGGGCGGGCGGGCGAGCAGGACGAGCGGCGGCCGGGCGGGAGGAGGGUCCAGUUGUGCUCCAGAACGCCCGAAGCCGGAAGGAUGCCCAUUCCGCGCAACUCAAAGAACGUGGGCAUCAAGCAGCCGUGGCUGGGCAGAGCGGUGGCGGUGGAGAAUGCUCAGGAGGAGAAGAAGGAGGAGAGCUGUCAGGCGAAGCGCUCCCCCUCCUCGCCCCAGGGGGCACCCAAAAAGCGCUCUGCAUUUGGGGACAUCACCAAUGCUCACAAGACGCGGCCUUGGGUGGCCAAGAAGGAGGCGGCCAAGGGCCCCCCCAAGAAGGCUGUGAAGGUGGCCGUGGUGCCGGGCGUCGCCAGGAACAACGAGAUCAACCUGAAGAAGUCCUUGAACAAAGUUUCCUCUGAGGAUGCCUCCACCACCAACUCUGACUCCCUGGCCCAGAAGGAUCGGACACAGAAGGAUGAUGCUGCCCUGCAGCCUGCGGAGCCUGCGGUUUUGGAGCCGCCGAUUGAGGACAUUGACAAGGGCCAGCGGGACGACCCUUACGCCAGCGCCGAAUACGCUAAGGACAUCUUCGCCUACAUGCGGGAACGUGAGGAGAAGUUUGUGCUCCCGGACUACAUGGAGAAUCAGCCGGACAUCACCAGGGACAUGCGCGCCAUCCUAGUGGACUGGAUGGUGGAGGUGCAGGAGAACUUUGAGCUCACCCACGAGACCCUCUACCUGGCCGUCAAGCUCAUGGACCACUACUUGGUGAAGGUGGCCACCAGGCGGGACAAGCUGCAGCUGAUUGGCUCCACAGCCAUCCUCAUUGCCUCCAAGUUCGAGGAGCGCUGCCCGCCUUGUGUGGACGACUUCUUGUAUAUUUGUGAUGACGCUUACAAGAAGGAAGAGCUGCUGGCGACCGAGAUCAGCAUCCUGCAGACGCUCCACUUUGACAUCAACAUCCCCAUCGCGUACCGCUUCCUCCGACGGUUUGCUAAGUGCGCCCACGCCUCGAUGGAGACCUUGACCCUGGCCCGGUUCAUCUGUGAGCUGACCCUGCAGGAGUAUGACUUGGUCCAGGAGAGGGCCUCUCGGCUGGCCGCCAGCUGCCUCCUCUUGGCUCUCAAGAUGAAGAAGCUCAGUGGCUGGAAUCCCACCCUGGAACAUUACAGCGGCUACAAAGCCCAGGAGCUUCCCCCCUUGGUGAAGCGGCUGAACUUCCUGCUGACCUAUCGCCAUGACCAGCGGCUCAAGGCCGUGCGCAGCAAAUACUCUCACCGGGUCUUCUUUGAAGUGGCCAAGAUGGCGCCCCUGUCCAUGCCGGAGCUCGAGGCGGCGCUGCAAAGCUAACCCCGGCCGGCCCGGGCCAAGCGCUCGGCGGGAGGAGCCGCGUGGGCCGAGAGAAGCCGCCACGGUGCCCCGAGUGUAAAUAACUACCUUGUAAAUAGCUGCUGCGUGCUCUUAGCCUCAGAGGCCUGUAUAUAAUCUUCCUUUCUUUUGUUUUAAAAUUGUGAG